AUUGUCCUCCCCACACACAACAUCUGAACUUGUAAUCAUUUAAUUAUAAUAAUAAUAAAAUGCUCGAAAUAGCCAUAUUCAACUCCUCCUCCGCCGUCAUUGCAUACACCAGCGCCGCAGACCGUCUAGAGCUAUGCGCUGACGGCUCCUCAACAAACGGCGGCACGACCCCGACACUAGACACGCUGCGAUCCGUGAUCGACUCACUCAAUCAAUCCACCCACCAUCUUCAACGACGGAAGAACAUCCCCAUAUACGCGAUGAUCAGACCUCGCGCUGGAGAUUUUGUGUAUUCUGAGGAGGAGUUUAGGGUCAUGAAAGAGCAGUUGAGGCAGUUGAAAGAGGCGGACUAUAGCGGCAGCAGCGGCGAUUAUUUCAAGUUUGGCAGAGUCGAUGGGUUUGUCUUUGGCAUUCUGACUCCGGACAAUAAAGUCGACAGGACACGGAAUGAGGAGUUGGUUAGGCUUGCAGCGCCUCUACCGUGUACCUUUCACCGUGCAUUUGAUCAGGUUAUUCAAGCCGGUGGGGGCACGAGCGGUGAAAUUAUUAGUGACGAUGUACGCGGUCAAUUAAAGAGUAUCAUAGACGCCGGGUUUGCAGCGAUACUUACUUCUGGCGGGGAAAAGACUGCGUUGGAAGGCGCAGAGAAGAUUGCGGCUUUGACGGAGGCUGCUGAUGGGAGGAUAGCCAUUAUUGCUGGGGGUGGUGUGAGGUCGACGAAUGCGAGAGAUCUAAGGCAUAGGGCCGGCACGAUGGUGUUUCAUUCUAGUGCUGUUGUGGAUCAUAGUGAUGUAGCUAGUUCGGAGGAGGUGAGGGCUUUGAAAAGAGAGGUGUCAUCUCUGACAACACGUUGCUCUUAGAACGAGCAAAGAUAAAAGACAGAAAAUCGGUAGUCCCGAGAUCCACGCAAAUUGUAAAUACUGAGACAGCUGAGAUCUUGCAAUAGGACAUUACCUUAACUAGAUUCUCGCAUGACUUUAAAUAUAAAAAUAGAG